UUAAUAUUUUCAUUUUCUUUAAGUAAUAGUAAAAUGUUACGAAUUAAGGCUUCACUAUUAUUGUAAUUUUUUCUUUAUGUAAAAUAUUUUUAGUUUUAUUUUAUUCUUAAGUCAAUAAAAUUAAAUCAGUCACUGUGAGAUCAAAUUAUUAUUGAACAAUAUGAAAGGAUUUAUAGUUGAUUUACAAACUACCCAAAAACGUUGUAUAUUUAAAAAAAAAAACAUAACUUUACUAUGUUUAAGUUUCUAAGAGGAUGUGGUCUAAUAUAACAUACAUCUGUGUUGGGUUUUUCCAGUAAUUUGAAGAAAAUUACACAAUGCCAAAAUGCGGUUUGCACACAAAAUACUUGCCAGCAACAUUUGCAUGGAUACUCUUACUAGGCUCAACCGGAGCCUUUUUUUACUACCCAUGUCGAUUUUUUGCUCAAAGUUAUCCAUGGGUGCCAAUAGUUCAUGGUGUGAUUACUUUUUUUGUCUUGGCAAAUUUUACAUUAGCUACUUUUAUGGAUCCAGGAGUUAUACCUAAAGCUCCUGAAGAUGAAGAUACGGGAGAUGAUUUUCAGUCACCAUUGUAUAAAUCUACCGAAGUUAACACUAUACAAGUACGAAUGAAAUGGUGCGCAACUUGUAGAUUUUAUAGGCCACCAAGAUGUUCACAUUGUAGUGUUUGUAAUUGUUGUAUAGAAACUUUCGAUCAUCAUUGUCCAUGGGUUAAUAAUUGCAUUGGUCGUCGUAACUAUCGUUAUUUCUUUUUCUUCCUUAUAUCACUAAGUUUACACAUGGCAUCUAUUUUCAGUGUUUGCUGUUUAUAUGUUCUUGUACAUAAGGAAAAAAUUGGAGAUGUUGAUACUUUAGUUUCAUUGACAUUAUGUGGUUUAGUAAUAGUUUUGUUUAUUCCAAUAUUUGGUUUGACUGGAUUUCAUGCUGUAUUAGUAGCACGUGGUCGAACAACUAAUGAACAAGUCACUGGAAAAUUUAAAGGAGGUUAUAAUCCAUUUUCACAUGGUUGUCACUUAAAUUGUGUAUUUAUUUUAUUUGGGCCUCAAUUUCCAAGUUUAUUGAAAGUAAAGAAGGCUAAAAAUCAAACACAUAAAAAACAAAUUCAAAAUAGUUUCAAUAUUCCACCUCCUUUAAUUUCUAAGGAAGAAAGUUGUGGGCCGUCUGUUGCCAAAACUUAUUUAGAUAACAGUAAUGGCUUGCACCAUUCAUCUAAUAGUUAUAAUAAAAUGUCUCCUGGUAGAGACUGUUUAGAGAUGGACAUUGAAUUGACAGCAUCUCAAUCUCAAGAUUGUGAACCCACACCUCCAUUGCAACGCCAAGGAUCAAAGAAUAAUUUUUACUUACAGUCAUAUGAUACACCAGAUAAUACUAGAAUGACAUAUAUGACACGUACAGCUCCACAUCCUCAGAGACCCCGAAUGAGUGAAAUAGGAAGUAGUUUAUCUAGAGAAACAAUUAUUGAUCAAAGUCGUCAAUCAAGUAUAGUUAUGCAAAGCCCAACUAUGCAGCAAAGAAUGAAAGCAAUUGGGGUACCAACACCUUUAACUAUGUCAAGUCCAUUGCGACGAUCUAAUCCAGGAACCCCGACUCAGACCAAACGCCCAGAUUUUAUUGGAGUUGGAUCUUCUUCUAAACAUUAUGAAUAUCAAGAACGUAGUCCCCAAAGACGAUUUUUAUCAGAAGGUGAUAUUUUGCGAGAACAUGAUCGACCUCCAUCAUAUCCUAGAAUAAAUAAUACAGUAGACAAUAUUCAAGAAUUAGCUGGAUCUCCUCAACGCGGUGUAUAUACUUGGAAAGACACUCCUGGAACUACUGGUUCAUAUUAUGUUCCUAGGCAAGCUCCAACAUUUAACUACUGUACAGCUCAUAAUGACUAUAGAUCUAAUCCAACUAGCCCUACCACUAAGAGUUAUUAUCCUGUUCGUGGAGGCGUUCCAGUAUACCCACCACAACCAUCCCCCGUGGGGAAAAAAAAGCCACCACCAAUACAAACAAGAAGACCAAUAUCUUUUGCUAGAGCUAUUGAUCAUGAUAAUAUGGAAAUGUCAAUUAAUAGAGCUAAUACAGACAGUGGAAGUCCAGAUAGGAAAAGUGCUUAUGAUAAAAACUACGAGAUAUCUGUGUAAAAAUAUUAUUUGUAACUUUCUUUCUAACUUUCCAUAAACAUUUUGUAUGUUAUGUUAAAUUAUUUAAAAUUUGUGUAUUUUGUAAAAAUUAAAAUUACUUAAAUGUAAAUAAU